GGGGGUGACAGUUGUGCAGCUGUGGGAGAGUCCCCAGGUGAGCGGCUGCUCCAAGGCAGGGACAAGGUGUGCAGAUCUAGCCUUGCAACACUUUGAUUGUCAUUGCUCAGUGACAGAAGGGAAAUGGCAAGCAAGAAAAAAGAAAUCCAACUCCAGGUCAUAAUAACCAAUCAAGACCAGUGGGAUGAAAUGCUGCAGACGAAUGGUAUAGUAGUAAUAGAUGUGUAUCAAGCUUGGUGUGGUCCUUGCAAAGCUGUGAUGAACGUAUUGAGAAAACUGAAGAAUGAUUUUAGUGAAGACAAUGUAUUACAUUUUGCCGUGGCAGAGGCUGACAGCAUUGAAACUCUGAAACCAUUUAGAAAAAACUGUGAACCUGUGUUUCUUUUUUGUGUUAAUGGCAAAAUUAUUGAUAUAGUGAGAGGUGUAAAUGCUCCUCUUAUAAUUAAGAAAGUAACAGAUCUAGUGGAAGAAGAGAGGCAAAUUGCAGCUGGAGAGAAGGAACGCACUGAGGUAGCUGAACUUGUUUUUCUAGAAGAAGAAUCAUCAGAAGAGACUAUUGAGGAGACUGGAGAUGAGGAAGAAAUACUCAGAUAUUCUGUUGGAAUUAUAAAACCUAAUGAUGUCCUAGAGGGACGUGUAGAACAAAUUAAAAAAAAGAUUAAAGAUGCAGGAUUUGCCAUUAAAGCAGCAGAGGAGAAAAUGCUAACUGAAGAGCAAAUCAGAGUGUUCUAUGCCCGGAAUAAAGACCAGCCUGACUUUGAAGAAUUUGUUCAAUUCAUGAUGAGUGGACCAUGCCACGUUUUGGUAUUCACUAAAAAAAAAGACACUGCUGCCAUUCCUCACUGGAAAGAACUACAUGAAACACAUGACAGUAUGUCUGAUACAUCUGAGCCAGAGAGCGAGCUAGCACUCGUGGAAGCUGAGAGUCUAGUAAAUCUAUGUGACGUGCAAGACAGUAUCGAAGAUGCCAGCAGACAACUUGGCUUCUUUUUCCCAAAUUUUCAUAUACAUCAAACAGAACAAGCUGAAAAGACUUUGGCCAUAAUUAGACCUACUCUCUUAAAGGAAAGACGAGAUUCUAUCAUACAAAGGAUAAAGGACGAUGGCUUCAAAAUAGCAAUGCAGAAAGAAAUAAUCCUAUCUGAAGAACAAGUGCGUACAUUUUACAAUGAGCAUGUAAAUGAAGACUACUUCCCAGUCCUUCUAGAGCAAAUGACCAGUGGUCCAACUCUUGUAUUGGCUCUAACACGUGAAAACGCUGUAUCACACUGGAGAAGUUUACUGGGCCCAAAGACCCUUGAAGAGGCUUGCAAAGAAAAUCCAGACAGUUUGCGUGCACAAUACGCAGUCGACAAUGUACCUAUUAAUCAGCUGCACGGCAGUUCUACACCUGAUGACGCUCAGAAGGAAUUAGAGUUUUUCUUCCCUCAGGAACAAACUUUUGCAUUAAUCAAACCUGAGGCUGUUAAGACUCAUAAAGAUGACAUUAUGAAACAAGUUAAAGAGGCUGGAUUUAGCAUCUCAAAGAUAAAAGAAGAAGCUUUAACUCGUGAAAUGGCCGCACAGUUUUACAAGGAUCAUGAAGGAAAACCCUUUUAUGAACAGUUAGUGUCUUGUAUGACUGAGGGUCCAUCAGUGAUAAUGGUCUUAUCAAAGGAAAAUGCUGUGGAAGAGUGGAGGAAACUAAUGGGUCCAACUGAUCCAGAAGAGGCAAAGAAGAUCUGUCCUCAAUCGAUUCGAGCUCAGUUUGCACAUGAUAUUUUGUCUAAUGCUGUCCAUGGAUCAUCUAAUAGAGAACAUGCACUGAAAAGCAUUGAGUUCGCAUUUGGAGAGAUUGGUACACACUAAACAAUUAAGAUGCAAUCUCUGGAAAUUGAUGUUCAUGUCCUUAGAUGCAUUUAUCUACCUAACAAUCUAUAUUUAAGACUAUAUAAACACACAUCUUUUCCUUCAUCCAAUUUUAAUCAGGCAGCUUUUUAUUAUCAGCUUUUCCGUAUUGCAAAGCAUAUUGAUGUAACGAGUAGUGCCUGCUAGAAAUUUGACAUUAGUAAUGAUUUCUUUAUGUAUGCUUAGUAGAGUGUUGUUGGGGUUUUUGGUUUUUUUUGUCACUUUAACAGAUUUAUGCCUCUCCAAUAGUUUCAGGAUUCUAAGGUGUUUUGUAUGUAGCUACUUUAAAAAGACAGGGUCAAGGAAGGUGAUUAAAACACUAUCAAUGACACAUCCAUUGUGUCAAGCCCUACAGUUCUAACUGUGAGCCAAAUGGGGCUCCUGGGCUCAUUGGCCAACUGUAUGCAUAUGCAUCCCUGGUGAGGCUGCUCUGGGCUAUCAAGGCCUAUUGGUUCCCUCAGGGCCCUGAAAAACAUUUGCGCUGUUUAUUUAUCCUUUCCCUAAAUAUCUUCUAACAAUUACUGUAGCAGGUUGGAUAAUAAAGCAGAAGGUCCUUUCCAGCCCAUUUACUUAAUUCAAAUAUAUCAAAGGAACUAAAAUAUAAAGCCAGCUCUUACAUAACAGCUAUUCUUGAUAUAUGCCUCUUUGCCAAACUAGUGAAUUCAUAUCCUGUCCAGCCUAACUUGGCUGGCCUCCAUAAAGAACACAAAUAUUAUUCUGCAGCUGAUAUAUUCUCACUUUUGCUGUCUGAGUCUGUUGAAAGCUGAGAUACUAAAGAGCGGCAUUCAAUUAAAACAAUUUACUUAUGGCAUUGAUUAUAAGUGCAAAGUCCAGAAAUAAUGAAGUCUUUCUCACACUUUCUUUAUUUUUCCUAUUGUAUUUAAUACAAUUAGCUGUUUUAAAGAGCUUCCUAACAAAUAUUUCUGUUGUGAUGGGGCAUUUGUUAUUCCAGACAUUCCUCCCGCAGAAGUUGGACUGAGCAUUCUCCUGGUGACCCAUUUUCACCUACAGCUACUUUACUGCCAUAAACUCGGCUUGAGGCUACCUAGCCUGUAGGAAGUUGUGAUUAGUGCAGAAUUUAUAUGCCACUCAGUGAGGUGACUUCUGAGAAGCAUAAUUCAGGACUGCUGUAUGUUCUUUGGCUUCUCUUUUACACAUUAAAACUGUUCUUCCUGGCUUUAUUUCAGCACUCAAGGUCUUUUGUGGUGCUGGCAUGUUGUACUUUAAACCAAGAAGCAGUCUCAGAGAAGGCCUGAGUAGGACAAUUUCAGAUAUAUCAUUCUGCUCAUUUCCUGAGAUCUUUCCUGGAGCUAAUGGCUUCUCGAUCAACGGGGCAAAUACAAUGUUGAAAGUUUAGAUGGGUUUAUUUUUCACAGGAGCACAAAUACUGAAAACAGCAAAAUGUGGUUAUGUCUAAUUAAGAGUUCAUGACACAUCUGGUGGAGGUUCACAAUCAAAUAGUUUGGUAGGUUUCAUACACAGGUUAUGAAUACUGUGAAUCAUUUAUUGCACUGCUCUGAGAAAUUUCAGUUAGAUAGGGGGAUACUGUAGUUUAACCUCUGCCUAUUUAAAUGUAACAAAAUUUUAUCUACUGAGUUAUUGCUUGUUUAACCAUUAUCCUUCAUCCUCCAUUACAUCACUCCUAAUCAACAUAGCAUUCUUGUCAGCUUCGUUUCACUCUUGGAUGCUGAAGGAUUUAGUUUAUUUGGGUUCAUAUACUUAUGUGUGUCAAUUAUGAGCCCUGCUUUGUGUUUAGUUAAAGCAAUCCAGUAGAUUACAUUGAAAUAUUAUGCAUAGAUUUAUGGCAGCUUUUUGUUCAUGUUGCCUAAGUAUCCAAACCCAUAUUGAAAUGUGGGAGCAUUUGAUUUAUUAAUGCUCAUUUUCUUCUCCCAAAUAUGUCCUUGAUCUUAAUGUCUUUUAGCGGCUUUGGAAACAAGGAAUUUAACAGAUACAUCGCCAAACAUCAAAAAAUAACUGUUUCAGUCAGAUGAUGAAGAGAUUCAGAUUUGCAAAGCUUUUAUAUCUUUGAGAAGCAGUCUUUUGUAGAAUUACCAAAAUAUGUACUCAAAAGCAUGGUAAUCAAAAUACCGUCAAUAUUUUAAGAGAUAACUUCAUCUCUUUAAAAGUUAUUGCCCACAUAAUUUAUACUACCAUGCACUCUUUUUUGAAAAUUAUAUUACUGUGACAUUGAUAUGGAUGUAAUUUUUAAGAAUUUGAACAUUUGUGAUGGGAUUGGCAAGCAUUUGAUUUAUAGAGUUGGGAGGAGUGUAUUCCAACAUAAACUCCAUUGAAUCUAAAAGAUUAAAAUCUUGCAAUUAAAUUUACACAAUUCUACUGCCAACAAAUCUUACAGAAAAUCUGACUCUGUCCAUUUAUCUCAUAUCUAAAUGCCAGUUCAAAAGAGAAUGUGGCCUUCGUGGCUGUUUAUUUAGAAAAUAUCUUGUGGUUCAUCAUAGAAAUAGGUGGUGCAAAAAUGUGAAUAAAAUUCUUCCAACACUAACAAAAGAUAGCAUAAUCAUUUUGUCCCAGCAGGAGAGAAAUGGAACCACGGGGCAUGUUUAUUUGUACCACAGACCACAUAUUUCCUUGUUUAGGAACCUUAAGAAAAUCAUAAUCUGACACUAAAGACUAUAUUAAAGAUCAAUUUCAGUUAGAAUGAUAAACAAGAGGGGGUUAUAAAUCUUAAAAUACUGUUUAAGAAGAAUAAGUGUGUCUGAUUGUAGUGAGGUUUCGUACUGAAUUACAACAUAAAAAAAUAAGGCAUGUGGGGAAAAAGUUCUUUUCCCUGCCAAGAAGAUGGAGUCAAUCAGCUUGUGGUUGUGUACUGCUGCAGUUUUUCCUUUGUUCUGACUGCUGAAUGAGCUACACUGGCAAGCCGGACCUUGCAAGUAUCUAAAUAUCUGUUCACUUUGUCCACAGUUCUUUGUGAACAAAUGAUCAGCUUUCUGAUUAUCUUGUUCAGAAGACACAUACUGAUGUGCUCUGAGUAUCUACAAAUUAAAGUUUUCAUCACACUGUAACCACAAGGAAUCAAAAUACUGAAGGUGUUGAUCUGUUUGGGGCAUCUUUUGGUUAAUCUGAUGCACCCAUUAACCUUAUAUCUGGAAUACAGACUGCCUGACAUAUUUAAGGGUCACUUUAGGGGUUUGAUCCUCAUCUAGAGAAAAGGAGUGUGCCCUCCCUUCCAUAUGUUUUUCUUUAUGCUCGUUGCCACACUGGUUUAUCCAUAAGCCUUUUGGUCGCAAUAGGAGCCAGUCUGAUAUUAAUUGAAUAAUUUACUAUUUACUGCAUAUCUAACAAGCCUCUGAAUUUAUUGCAUAUCUAACAAGCAAGUUUGAAACCCCGUUUUACAUUUCAAUAAAGUUUUUGUUUAAUUUCAGAGAUGUUACAGGGAAUAUAGUGUCAGCAGUUGCAAUUGAGUGUAAUUUUUCCAGAAAGCCUUGACCAGGUCUAAUUAGAAGUAACGUACCUCUGUAGAAAUUAAUGACUUACAAGUUAAUGGUUUUUUUAUUAUUAUAAAAGGAAACAUAAUUUUGAAUGUUUGUUGGCCCACAUUGACAUAUUAUAUUUAUUUACAAAAUUAUUGGAGCUGAUGUGGUUUACCAGAAAAAUCUGGUUGAGGAAAUGUUUUCAGAUAUGUAUUUACAUUCAACUACUAAGCACAACCAAAAAGCAUGUGUCAGUUUUGCAUAAUUGGAGUAAAUAUUUUUUUCAGGUUUCAUUCAUUUGGAAUAUAGGUUACAAUUCUGGAUAAAAUAAUUUAAGAGCUGUUUGAGUACUUUGGACUGGAAAUCUUCUUUUUAUUUGCUUAGGAAGUAUUUCUGUUGUAUGCACCGAAUGGACGAAAGUUGCAACACUGAAUUGAAGUGACUAGGUCAUUCAGGUCUUGGAGGGUGAUUUAUGUGUUUUUUUAAAAAAUGUGUUUCAUAAAAGAGUUUUGAUUUGCAUUUACAGUGAGCUUCUAAAAUGGUGCCAAUCAUUCACAAUUAGAGUAAAUAUUUUUUCAGGUUUCAUUCUCUUGGAACUGAGGUUAGAACAUUCAGUGAAAAUACUGAAUGGCACUUCUUACUGAACUAGGCACAUGUGUGUGGGAGGUAGUAAGAAAUGCACUAGAAGCACAUGUUUGUUGUUCCAGGCAACUUUUGGUUUAUAUGGAAAGAAUGCCAAGCCCCUCAGUAAGAAGACAGCUAUAACACUGAGAAAAAAACAUUC